GAGGUGAGAGAGAGGGGGAGAAGGAAAGAGGGGCGGGUACGUGAGCACUGAGUGAGGUUGGCUGAGAAUGAGAGAGUGUGUGAAAGGGAAACUGUUGGAGACGGACCGGGAGGAUUAAGUGUUAACACAAUAUCGCCCUAUAAAGGAACUUCCUGAAGGAGAUUCAGGCUUUCAUUAGGCUUUCUCUACGACUUGGUGAUUGGAUUUUACUGGUUUGUCUGACUACGGAUAAACCCAAAGACGUUGCAGGACUUCUGCUUGAUCAACAGGCCUAUUCUAUUCAGCAGCAGACGGAAUACAAUACAACUACAGUUCAUUCACAACUAUUUAGGAGUUAAAAUGGCGGGGAAAAUCAUCCUCCUUAUACUGGAGUUAUUGUUUAUGCUCAAGGGUGUCUCUUCUCUCUGCCGAGAUGAAAGCAGAGGUGAUGGCAGUAGUGAUGGCCCUGGGACAGAAGAAGACGAGUGUGAACAGAAUGUCGGUAUAUGUGGAAACCACUCCAUAUGCAUCAACACUCUGGGGAGUUUCUGCUGCAAGUGUAUGCCUGGGUACAAGGAAUUGAAAAAUAGGCCCGAGUUCACCUACGACGGACAGUGUUUGGACAUCAACGAGUGCUGGGAAUUUGGGAACAUCUGUGGUCCCAAUGCCUACUGCAACAACACUAUUGGAAACUACACCUGCACCUGUCUCUCAGGAUAUGCUAAGCAGGAUGCUACGAGUCCCUCGUGCAUUGACAUUGACGAAUGUGAGGAUGGUGCAAAGCCAAAUGAAGGUGUUUGUGGCAUUAAUGGCACUUGUACAAAUUCCAACGGGAGCUUCUGGUGUGAGUGUCCAACCGGCUUCACUACCUAUGGCAACGAAAGGACUCCAUGUUCGGAGCUGAAAUGUGACCAGUUCGAGGGUCCCGUUGCAGCGUCACCGCAGCCUUAUGGAGGUCUGGCAGAAAUCUUGUCCCAAUUGAAGAGUAGCUGUUUAGCGCUGGCCCGACCGGACCAGUAUGGGAACAAGACCACUGGACCCACGGUGCUCCUCAAUAGCCUCUUCGACCUGACAGCGGAGGUCCUGUCCAGCAACAAUACGGGCGACAGUGUGGCGGCCGUGAGCAGCAUGCUCAGCGCAGUGGAGGACUCCAUCAAACUCAUUGGCCCCCAACUCACUGAGGACCAAACCAGCAUGAACACAAGCCAGACAGAGACGAAGAUCACGGUGUGGAAGAAGACGACUCCCCCGAGCGGGCCGGUGCGCCUGACCAACACCAACGCCAACAUGGAGGCGGACUGGAGCACGGCCAUCGGGAACAGAACCUACCCUGGUUUCGCGCUCGCUGCUCUGGUGAGUUAUAAGAACCUGGAGACCAUGCUGAACCAGUCCUUUGAGCAGAUAACCUUACCCGAAAAGAACGACAGGAAGCCCAGCUACCAGCUCUUCUCCAAGGUGGUGUCGGCGUUGGUCUCCAACCCUGACACACAGCACCUAGACAAGCCUGUCAUUCUCACCCUACGACACCUGAAGGAGCUGAAGGAGUCCGCUGAGGUGAGCUACACCUGUGCCUACUGGAAGGCUGCGGGAGGCGGGCUGCAGGGGAAGGAGGAGGAGGGCGGGGCCUGGUCCACCCGCGGCUGCACCCAGGUCUCCUCCAACGCCUCCCACACCGUCUGCAGCUGCACCCAUCUCAGCAGCUUUGCCGUUCUCAUGGCCCUCUACCCCGUCAACCACACCUUUGGCCUCAUGCUGCUGACCAAGCUGUGCCUGGUCGUCUCCCUGCUAUGUCUGCUCCUGUGCAUCCUCACCUUCAAGUUCUGCCGCUCCAUCAAGGGCACCCGCACCACCAUCCACCUUCACCUCUGCAUCUGCCUCUUCCUGGCCGACCUCGUCUUCCUCGCAGGCAUCUCCAAGACCCAACCCCAGGGUGGAUGUCGGUUGGUAGCAGGCCUGCUCCACCUCUUCUUCCUGGGGGCGUUCAGCUGGAUGCUGCUGGAGGGUGUGCAGCUCUACCGGAUGGUGGUGCUGGUGUUCAACACCACCAUCCGACCGCGCUACCUAUACACCGUGGGCUACGGGACGCCCCUCGUCAUCGUCAUCAUCUCGGCCAUCAGCAGACCCACGGGAUACGGCACAGACCAAUACUGCUGGCUGACGACAGAGCAGGGCCUCAUCUGGAGCUUCUUCGGGCCGGUGUGUGUCGUCAUUGGCCUCAACGUGUUCUUCUUCAGCAUCACCAUCUGGAAGCUGGCCCAGAAGUUCUCCAGCCUCAACCCUGACCUCACCCACCUGCACAAAAUACGAGCCUUUACAAUCACGGCUAUAGCUCAGCUGUGUGUGCUGGGCCUGAUGUGGCUCUCUGGGGUCUUCCUCUUUAAGGAGGGGGACUUGGCGGCCGCAUACAUAUUCACCAUCCUCAACGGCCUACAGGGGGCGCUGAUAUUCCUCCUGAACUGUCUGCUGUCAAAGCAGGUGAGAGACGAGUAUGGCAAAUUAUUGUCCUGUAUCUGUCCACAAACCACAAAGAAGUACUCGGGCUUCGGCAGUACAAUCAGAUCCAGUCAGUCACAGGCGUCCCGGAGCGGUCCACCCACAAGCGAAUCAAACAUAUGAAGAAUCCUCUUACACACGGCUCCUCCCCCUGCUCUGUCUGGGGUAUUAUUUGGUCUAUGAAUGGCACAAGAACGGAGCAACGAAAUGCGUUUAAUUCAGGGACAAUAACAAUAGUGGUACUAUUAGUACCUUACAUGGAGAAUUUGUAAGCUGUAAGUUUAACGUUGGAAAUAUAUUGUAUAUAUUUAUUUUAGGAAUUCUUUGGACCAAAGCUCUGGGUGAGAUUCAACGGAUGAACGCCCACUAUAGGUCAUGUCAUCGUUUUCGACUUUGGUUUGAGGAAAAGAUGGCCUAUUAUUCAACCCCUUUUUAGAGUCUUUGUGUACGUUUAUGUAAUGAGGUCCAGUAAUUUAUAGUCAGUUUACAUUACGUGUAAAAGUGAAAAUGUAGGAUCUCCGUCACGUAAUUUUGUUGUCAU